GGUCGUGGGCGGUGAUUUUGCAUUAGUUCGUUUUUGCUUAAAGUUGUCGUUUGCAUUGUCAACUCCAGCGAGUGCUCCACGCGCGAGCCUUUUCACAAGUUUGUUAUCGAACUCCCGCAAACCGCGCAUCGUUUCAACCAAAUUAGGAUCAAGGUCUCUGGUUACCCACCCUCCUUGAAGUGUAAUGUAACGCGAGUUGGUUUUAUCUGCAAGCUGAAUGGAUAAGUUCACUGGCCAAUGUCUCGAUCAGUAGGAAUCCGGACUUCUGCUGGAUACAUUCCUUUAUUUCCUGAUCUUGCUGGCACUUCAUUUAGAACACGUAAUUUGUGUGUGAUUUUGCUGGACAUUGGAGAAGAGUCUAGCGCGCUAGUUUGCAAUAUUAUCUAGUAGUAUCUUUUCAAUCGUCAUAGUAGGUGAGAUAAUAAUUUUUUUGUUCUCCUCCACUCUUAAACUCCAAGGAUUCUGAUACUAUAUAUAAACUGUGUUUUGAUUAACGCAAUGUUAAUUGAUGAAAGCUUUAUUCAUGUUCAUUUGGUCCCGAGGGUUUACGUUUUGCCCAACGUACUCUUGUCCUAUUUUUUUUUUAGGUCAACUGGUGGUCCCUGUCCGCUAUGGUCGCAUGAUGGCGCUAAGAGUUCAUUUACUGGAUCUAGCUGACUUUGGGGACGCCUAAUCCCGGCGAAAUAAAUCCAAAGUGUUCUUAAGAGACGUUCAUUUGAAUGGCGAUCAAUGUUUGAUGGCGGUAGAGACGACAGCGGUCUUUCUACACGAGAACCCUUUGGAAAAGACAAUUGUAUGGGAAAAGAGGAAAGUCGAAAACGACUCAAAACAUCGUACUCGGCCACAAAAUACGGUUGGCAAAGUUGACACGAUUAUAAUUUCGGACAAGGAUGAAUAUCAUUCAGACUACUGCGUUAUCGCCGCCGCCACGAAGCGGGCAAGCGUUCCAAACGCUCGUCAACCGGUCUUGGUGGCGGAUCGUGACACAAGACUUCGCUUAUCGAGUCCUGCUACUAACAGAACGUUCAAUGAAUUCGUUAAGAGGUACACUGGGGGAUCGACUUCACAAGGAGUUAUAACUUCACAACCGAGGCCUUCGCACACAGUGUCAGGCCGGAUGCAAUCAAUACCGAUGUGUCGCAGUGAUGUACUCCAAAGCAAACAUCGUGAAGAUGACGAUAUUAAGUUGUUUUGUUGCAAUCAGGACGUGGAUUUUCUGAUAGACAACGCGACUUGUAUGUGCGGGGUUAAAGCGGCAUUGUAUCAUUGCUCUAAGGAUUCUUACGAUGAAGGCAGGUUAUCGGAGCACCCCUGCACUUGCGGUCGCCCGAGAAAAUCUUGCGUAGGGAGAUGGGGGUGUUUGGCGGCCUGCUGUAUCUUCUUACCCUGUCUUCUCUGUUAUUUACCACUCAAAGGAUGCUCGGGGAUUUGUGUUAGUUGUAAAAGACAGAAUAGCGCCAGAAAGCGGCGACAAAGAACUCCCAAAGAUCCCUCCUGACAGUCUUCAUAGUUAAUUUAUAAUUUUAUACCUAAGCGGGGUUUCUCGUGUCCUCAAAAUGAAAUUUGUCUAUCAAAAUGCAUAUGCCUUAUUUAUACAGUCAUUGUAAAUAACAAAAUGUUUAAUGAAGACAUUCAGAAAGAAGUGAUUGUGCUGGUUUGUUUAAUCUGGUUCACAACGUCGAGUUGCUUGCCGGCAGUAAAAAACCGCCGCAUGGCAAGCCAUCGGUGUACAUGUACGUAAAUUAUUUUUUAUCAGAGUCGAAUAGGGAUGUGAGCUUUUUAUAGGUAUCUGUUGGAAGUGAUUGAUCUCAGCAGAUUUUUUUCGCGGCGAAACUAAACACGUCAGUCACCUUCUACGUUCUCUCCUAAAUAUUGGGCACAUGUGGCUUCUCUGGCUAUUAAAUUUACAAAGAGAAUUUUAUGUUUUUAUUAUUACACGGUUUGAUGGAUCGCGUCUGUAACUAUAGCAAGCAGGCGCUUGUGCGACUAUUUUACAGACUCGAAAUUAAAAUUAUUCUACUUUAAUUGGCUUAUUUGAACAGAAUGUGAUAAUUAUAGAGUGUUUCUAGAUCGGCAUUCAUUGCAAUGCACAAAAAUAAACCACACACUGUUUUGACUAGCUUGAACGAUCUGGACAUAAAAUUUGUCCACAACUAAUUCUACAUCCAAUAUAAAUUCAAAGCCAUACUGCUUUUAUAGAGAAUUUUAAGUAAACACCAUCUCGAGAUCAGCAAGACCAAAUCUUUAUGAAGUUUCUUAACACAGAUAAGCAGUGAAGCUUCAUCCCUCUUUUGAUAAUAAGCCCAUGUGACUUGGGUUCGUGACCUGUGAUUUGGUGCGAGAUAGAGUUUCCAUAUCCCCUUUGGCAAGCCACAACACUGACUACAGUCAUUAAUAUUCUUUCAUUGAGAUGAUGGGAGUUCACAGUUUCAUUUCACUUUGUCGUUUCUUAUCUUUUCUAUUUGAAGUUGCCGUUGACGUUAUGAUCAAUGUUCGGAGUCUUGGCUUUUUGCUGAACUUCCUCUCAAACCAUGAAUAAUUGACCGCGAUGUAAAUUACUGAAAAAAGGGGGUCUCUAGCGGUGAUAUUUUGAGAAGUCUGCCACCUUCUUAAAAGGGUACCCGAAAUUUAAUAUCGUUCGGUACUUUC